AUGCUUCAACGUGGUCUAUUAACAAAUGCCGAGCAACAACAGCAGCAACAAAAACAACCGCCUUACGACACGACAAGAGCAACAACAACAGCAACACACGAAAUCAAUUUAUUAAAGGAACAAGAACAUUUAGGCAUUAAACACAACAGCAGCAGCAAUAGACAAGAUUCCAAUGAGGAGUAUAAAGAGAGAAUAAACUGUUUACCCAUUAUAGAAAUGCCGGAAAUAAAAAUUGAACAAGAUGUGGAAUAUAUGGAGGGUAUAGAAGAGGAACAGCCAGAGCUACAACAAGUUAGAGAGGAUGUGGAGGAUGUGAUAGAAGAGCCACAGGCAAUGGAGUUGGAGCAGGAGGAGAUGAGCAUUAAGCCAGUGCCACAGUUGCUGGAACCAACAUCGAUCUUAAAGACUUCUUUACUAACGGGAGCAGCAAAUACUUUGGCCACAUUGACAGCUGCCGCCGAACAAAUAGCUAGAAUGCCAAAUGAGAGUUUAACGAAAAAUUAUCCAUAUUUCAAGGAGGAAAAUAAAAGAACUUAUACAGUGGAGGAAGAUCAAACGACUAAAGCAGUGGAUGAAAGGAGAAUGAGUGCAUCGUCCUCAACGACAAACACUACCACAACAUAUACGUCAAUUUUACAAACAGCAUUGAUGUCUAAACGUCCAGCAACAUUAAAUGUUGCAGCUACAGCUUCAUCAGCAACAUGUACAAAAACUUUGCAUGUACGAACACCAGAUCAAGUUUUAAAGACUGCCGUUACUUUGGCCACUUUAGGUGAGAUAGCAGCUCAACAGGAACAACAGCAGCUGCAACAGAGCCAGCAGCAGCAACAGCCUCAUAUAUUGGUGGUGCCCCAGGUACAACCAACAUUACGUAAAAUGUGCACACUGCCUUUUAAGAAAUUAAAUUUUGCCAAUGUAACAUCCACAUCAUCAGCAACAUGUUUAACAAACACUGCCUCUUUAAAUACCAGCAACAUCACCAACACCACCACCACCACAACAACAGCAGCAGCAGCAACUACCACUACCAUUACAAAUAAUUAUUUAGGUUCUAAUAUUAAAACAAAUACUAAUUUAACUAAUAGUAGUAGUUGUAUAUUAAAUACACAUAAACAGGCGGCUUCAAACAACAGAGAAACAACCACAGCAACAUUUUUUGAUACUAACAAUAUUAUAAACAAUGUCACUAUAUGUAGCAACAGCAGCAACAGUAACAGCAAAUCCCAAGCCAUGGCCACACAAACUCUAAAAAUUCCCACAAUCAAGCCACAAUUGGUAACCACACAAACACAAACCGAGGAGGAAACCAACACCAACACCACCACCUCAACUCCCCUAACCUUAGCGACCACCUCAAAUAAUAGUGCAUCUUCAUUACAAACGGCCAGCUGUAGCGGGCUGUUAAGGACUGCCGUGCCAACAAAUACAAAACUGUUGACACAAAACUCAUUAAACACUUCAUUAACAAACAAAUUCCCGGCGAAAACCAAAACUUUGGCCCAUGAAAAUGUGGCCACCUGUUCGCCAGCAACAAAUGUUGCUGACCCAGUGGUGGGCCAUAUUAUUAAACAUGUGUCUAGCAAAAAUAAAACUGGCAUUUCCCCAGCCAGUCCAGCAGCAUUGGAGGCAUGCGAUGCCCCAGCUGCUACAAACACUGCCACAAAUGUUACUGUUGUUGUUUUUGAAACAUUGUUACCUGAGGACUGA